AUGGAGAAACUCACAGUAACAAUCGCCACUUGCUUCCUACUUUGCUCCGUGCUACUACUACUACUACCACCAUCCUCUAACAUCUUCAACCGUCUCAAGUCUAAUCUCACAACCACCGAUUCCUAUGGUUCUAAGAGACCAAGGGAGAAACUGCUAGGAGGAGGGCUUCUUGCUACGGAGUUUGAUGAGGAAUCUUGCCUGAGUAGGUAUGACCAGCCGUCUUUGCGCAAGCCCUCACCACACAAACCAUCUGCUUAUCUCGUCUCUAAGCUUAGAAGCUACGAGAAGCUUCACAAGCGCUGCGGUCCAGGCUCAGAUGCUUACAAGAGUGCAACAGAGAAGCUUGGCCUUAAGCCUGGGAAUGGAAGUAGUGAAUCUGUUGGUGAAUGCAGAUACAUCGUUUGGGUUCCAUUCUCUGGGCUUGCAAACAGAAUAAUAUCUCUGGUUUCUGUAUUCCUCUAUGCUCUCCUGACAGAGAGAGUCAUUCUUGUUGACCAACGCAGUGGUAUAAGCAACCUCUUUUGUGAGCCUUUUCCAGCUACUUCCUGGUUGCUUCCUCGCAAUUUUCCGUUGAUGGGUGGUAAGAGGAGAGACCGCUUCUUCGACGACAGGGGAAACUCUCAUUGUUACGGAACAAUGCUGAAAAACAGUUCCCCUAACUUGACUGAAACAUCAAUACCUUCAUAUCUUUAUCUUUAUCUAGUCUCUGAUUACAGUGAUGAUGAUAAGAUGUUCUUCUGUGGAGAAGAUCAAAAAACAUUCAUCGGUGAAGUGCCUUGGCUGGUCGUUAAAUCCAACAUUUACUUUGUCCCGUCUCUAUGGUUGAUCCCUAGUUUCCAGACCGAACUCAUCAAGAUGUUCCCCGAGAAAGAAACCGUGUUCCACCACUUGAGUCGGUAUCUUCUUCACCCGACAAACAAAGUUUGGGGACUGGUCACAAGAUCCUACAAUGCUUACUUAUCAAGAGCAGACGAGAGACUUGGGAUCCAAGUAAGGGUUUUCGAGAGACGAGCUGGAUAUUUACAGCACGUCAUGGACCAGAUCAUCGCGUGUACAGAAAGAGAGAAACUGUUGCCUGAAUUAGCAGCUACACAAGUCAAGAACACAUCAACAAGAAGCAGCAAGAGACUACUUAAAGUUGUUCUUGUCACGUCUCUGCACCCAGAGUACUCUGUAAAGUUAAAGAGAAUGUUUUGGGAACAACCGACUUCAACAGGAGAGAUGAUUGAAGUUUAUCAGCCAAGUGAAGAGAGGGUAAAUGUUCAAAGCACCGACUAUAAAUGUGUUCAAAGACGUAUUUAAGCACGUCGUCGGCACAUAGCCGUCGUUUUCUUAUCUCUCCCCGACUUAAUCUUUGUUCUCACCGACAAAAGAUCGGUGGAAUCUCCUCUCUGUUGUUACUGUAGCUCGAUCCCAGGAAUCCUAAAUAUGACUAUCUGUUCAAGCUUUUGCUCAUUGGUGAUUCUGGUGUUGAUAAAUCUGCUUGCUUCUAAGGUUCUCUC